AUGUGCUCCUUGUGCUGUCUCCGUGCCAGACCACAGACACUCCAGGUGCUGUGUGUGCAGAUCUGCAUGUUUUACUCCAGCAUUUGUCUGGUAAGCUGGCCACUGUGCGCAGAGACAGCUAAAGUCCGAUGUGGCUCUGACCUGCUCAGUGACCUCAUGUUUGUCUGUGGGGACCGUGGAAUCUAUUUACGUAAAGGCUUGUGGUCUGGUUAUGGCGCUCGGUCCAGAGGGAAGGGGAUAGUGGAUCUGUGUUGCCUGUCAUCAGGUUGUGAACUUCAUCACCUUGAGAUGUACUGUGCUAAACCAAGGAGCCAGCAGACCACAUAUUCUCCAUCCACAACAGUACAUGCCACUACACAGCCAGAUUUGUUCCAAGAAGUAUUUCAGAAAAAACUUUUACAGUACCUGGGGCCUCCGAGCAGUCCGAAGAGGGAAGCAUACAGAAGGAAUUGGCAGCAUUCGCUUCGGCACAAAGUCAAAGCUUCACGGUCACACAGGAGGAUGACUGCAUAUGAAACAACAAGUCAGCCGACUGCAGCCAAUAAGAGCGCACUUUAAAGAAUUAUGGGUUUACAGUCCGGAGUUUGAAGAUAAUAUUUAUAUUCCUCGAAUUCUCCAACAGUUUUUCCAACUCACAGACGUCCUCUGGUAUAAAAACAAUCAAACAGUGUAUGUGUUUGUGUAUGUGCAGCGACCCAGACCUCUUAUAUGUUCAUAGAUAAAAGGUCACCUCAGAAACUUUAGAAAUGUAAUCAGACAGCAAACUUCCAGUAACACCACAAUAAACAGCAAUCCAUGUAUGGUUAAGGACAGUGUUUGGUUAACCCCUAGCCCCUUCAUGGAGAAUAUUUGGUUGUUUGUUACACUAAUUUAAAGUUAGCUCUAACCUCAGACCGGCCACCAGUAAUUUGGUGAAUAAGUAAUGUUCAGGAAGAAGUUACUCCUUUAUGUACUUAUCAUUAUAGGCCUUCAUAUAUCUUCAUGUUAAUGUGAUCUGUGCAGCUAAUGGAAAUAACAUUUGUGGGGAGAGAAACAAAUUUACAAGAAACAAAUAACAGAAACAAAAGUGAUCUACUCAUAAAUGCACAAAAAUCUUAGAUUUUUUUUUUAAAUCUAUUUUGAGAUGUUACCUCAUCCUAGAGCACCAUAAAUGCUUUUUCUUCUUUACUUACAGUAGACUUAAUUCACCCACAUCUGCUCUAACCCAUGAAAAUAUCUCCAGCUGCCCGAUUCUUCACUAUUCUUCUGUCUGUGCUCGUCUCUUGGUGUGGUGUCUGUUAAGAAACAUGUCAGCCACUAUACCGUAGUUAAUAGUUCUUAUAAGCUUUUUUAUGCACUCAUCAUCAGAAUCCAAACACUUUGUUAUAUACGCCACCUUCGUGGAGUCAUUUGUAGUUCACACUUAUUUCGAUGGCACUUGACACUCUUGACUAGCUUUAAUAUUUGUUUGGGUAAAAGACAAAUUUUAUCCACUGUGUGUGUUUAUUGUUUAUGAACAUAUUUUGUGUAAAUGUCUUUAAAUGCAUUCAUUAUUUAUUUCACAAUGAGCACGUAACUAUAAUAAAUACUAAGCCUUAUUCAUCUUUGGUGCUCUGUUAUGUUUUACAUUGUUUGGCUGUAAAAGUGAUUUCAGGUGUGACAACAGAGUAUUUUCAAAUCUCACGACAUUUUACGUUCAUAUAAUUCUAAUCAGAACUUGACACAACCUCCAGUUUCAGCGUAAUCUUAAGCUGCUGGCUCAUUUUACUUUGACAUAGCUACAGUUAUCACCAAAAGCCCUGAAGGUCAUCUCGGGCCUCUGUGGAUAAAUAAAGAGCUGCAAGUCUUACUGAUAGAUUUGUGAUUAAACAAAGUGUGCUGUCUUUGAGGCCAAGCUGAAGUUAUAACCAGGUGUUCUAUCUGCACAGGAGUGUCAGGUGCCUCCUGCAGAUUCCAGGAACAACAUCGGAGCACUGUAUCCGGAAGAGUGCAGAACCCUCAACUACACAUGCCAUAAUACUCCCACCACCAUUUAUGAUAGUUGAUGUUUGUCCUUCAGAUUAGGAGCCAUUUCCUUUCCUUGACAAUACUCAUCUCCCCAGUAUUUUGGUAUGAGUUAUCCUUGGUUUCAUCUCUCUCCAGAGGCUCUUUUAGAUGUUUUCUUCUACUCUGGCCUUCCUCAAACUGAGUGUAAUCAGCGGUUUGCACCUUGUUGUCAGCAUUCAUUAAACCUCUCUUUAUUGUAGACUGACAAUGAUAUGCCUGCUACCAUCAGAGUGUUGACAGGUUAUUUUUUCUCAACCAAGGAAUGAUUUUUGUAAUAGUGCACAUUUCAGGGCUUCACUUUUAUUCAGUUUGAUUCCAUUCCAUUCUUAAUAUCUCUAAUCCCCACCAACAUGGAACUUUAGAGUAAAGAAACUAAAAUACUGGGAGAACCAGGGAGAACCAGGCUUUGAAAAGCCACAAGUGAAGAAAAAAAAAAACAGUCCCCAUCAGCCUAAGCCUGUUGUAGCUUAGCUAAUAGUAGUGUAGUAGCAGUGUAGUCAAAGUCACUUGAUCCAGCCCCUACUAUAAGGUUUGAGUGUUGUCACAUUGCCAUUCAGUUUGUGGGAUACAAACAGAAAAUGAUACAUGUAUUCUUCUCAUGUGUUAUUGGACUGGAUUAUUUCAACAAAUUGAUGACAUUUUGCCCGUUAAUUAUUUGUAUCCUCCUGUAACUUUAUUGUAUAAAGGGCUAAAACAUCCAAA